AUAUAAUCUCCAAGAAACUUCACAUUUCCUUAUAAUUCAAAUUACUAUAGUUUUUUUCUUCACAGUCAUCAAAACUACUUUCUGAGAUUUUUCAGAGCUUCAAGAAAAAGUCGAAUCAUGGCGAAAACACCAGAGAAGGAGGAGGAAAGAAAGUGGAAUUCUCCAUUGAUGAACCUCCCUGUUCUUGAAGAAGAAACAGAGGGCAAAAAAAUGAAAUCAGAAAUUCCAGAAAGAGCUUUUUUGUCUGACUUUCCGAAGAAAUCAAGAACCCCGCGAAUCAAAAAGGCAGGAAGUUGUACUAAAUUGGCAAAACCAGAAUCUGGGCUUGAAAAAAACCACAGUGCUUCAUUGGAAAAACACAUCAUUUAUCUUGAUGACAACGACGAAGAAGAAGAGUUGGAGACCCAAAUUGAUAAAAAAAUUGAUUCAUCACACUGGAGAAGUAGCUUUAAUGUGAAAAAUCAGAGUGGUUCAGUGAAAAAAAACACAAUUCUUGAUGACGACAACGAAGAAGAAGAAGAAGAAAAAGAGUUGGAGACCCAAAUUGCAGAAAAAUACUUGGGUUUGAAAAAUAAGAGUGCUUUAGGGAAAAUGAACACCAUUCUUGAUGAAGAAGAAGAGUUGGAGAAAAUGGGAUCAAAAAGAAGAAAUCUUGAUGGUGAAUCAACAACCCCACAGACCCAAAUCGUACAAAAUUCAAAAAUUGGUUACAGCAUUGAUGGAAAAAAGUUACCAAAACCAGAAUUUGGUUACAGCAUUGAUGGAGAAAAGUUAUCAGAACGCCCCCAAAUUGAGGAAAUACUCGAUAUUAUUGGAGAUUGCAGUAAGCCUUUUGAGAAAAAGCUGUUAAAAUAUGAAGUUGACAGGAUUUCAUUUCACAGAAAUGAUGUGAAAAAUGGAAUUCUUCCGUAUCUGAACGAAGAUGAAACUGUCAAGCUUCAAAAGGAGGGGAUUCUAGUGAGCACUUACGAUGAAUUUGGAAAUCGUUAUGAGAUGAAAUUCGAGUCGUAUAAUAAUAGUUUCUACAAGCUUUGCAAUGGAUGGAAAAGGUUGUAUAAAUAUCAUGGACUGCAGGAAAACGAAGAUUGUUACGUUGAUGUUUGGAUGUUUCGACAUAAAGAAAAUGAUGGAAUAUGUUUUGCUGUGAUUCUGAAGAGGUAAAAGUUCUUUUGAUUAGUAGUUAAUCAUUGUCAUUAGAGUUAAUCUUGAUGAAUUAGAGUCUUGUUAAUGUCUUUUGCAGUAAAAGUUCUUUUGAUUAGUAGUUAAUCAUUGCCAUUAGUGUUAACCUUGAGGAAUUGGAGUCUUGUUAAUGUCUUUUGCAGUAAAAGUUCAGUUCUUUUUUUAGUAUUGUAUGAAUGUAAAAAGCAGAAGUAUAUUGGAGUAGUAGCUUUUACAUGAAUGGCUUUA